AUGGCUUCAACGGCGAGUAAUCCAUCGACGCUUUUGCCUUUGGAACUCGUCGACAAAUGCAUUGGAUCUCGCAUUUGGGUGAUUAUGAAAGGUUGAGACUUUCUGAUUGAAAAUUAAUAUCUUUAUCAGUUUAGGAGACAAGGAAAUAGUCGGGACCUUGACAGGCUUCGACGAUUACGUUAACAUGGUUCUUGAAGACGUCGUACGUUUACUUCUGAGUUAUUUGUUCAUGGAUUUCUUUUAGAUUACGAUUAAAAAUAUCUUCCCAAGAAUUACUUAUAACGACGUAAAUGGCAAAUGAUAUUCUUACUGGUUUAAGGUAGAAUAUGAAACGACGGCAGAAGGAAAGCGAAUGACAAAACUCGACACGAUUCUCCUCAACGGCAAUCAUAUUACGAUGCUUGUGCCUGGAGGCGAAGGACCCGAGAUUUGA